AUGAAUAACCUGCAACACGCCCGAAACUCGCCAUCCUCGUCACCGGGUCCAGUGGAAAUCUCAAUCCGUGAGAAGGUUAUUAUGCUAACAGCACUUUUGCAGCCUGCGUCAAUCACAAUCACGAACGACUCUUGGCAACACCGCCAUCAUUCCGCCAUGCGCGAUCAAGAAAAUAAUGGAGAAACUCACUUUUCAGUUCAGGUCGUUUCUGAUGCGUUUGAAAAGAAAACCACCAUGCAGCGUCAUCGGAUUGUUUAUUCUGCAUUAUCUGAUGAAUUCGCUCGCGGGUUGCACGCACUCUCUCUCAAAACCAAGACUGUAGCAGAAGUCGCUGCCUCUGGGGACGGCAGGAGUUGA